AUGAUGGACAUCUCCAGGUUCGACCGCAUAUUCGGUCCUAUGAACCCGUUUCCCUACAAUCGCAACAUCCUCCAGCGGAUCGAAGCUUCCCGCCCCGAUCUUGGAGGCUCCCUGUUCAUUGAUCGCGUACUCAAGGCCUUGGAUCUCUCCCAAGCUACGACAAUCUACCCGCCCAAGAAUGAAAAUGCCCUCCGACAACUGCACAAGCACAUCUGCGAGAGCAACAACAUCACCGACCGCCACAAACUAUCCAUCAUCUACUAUCUCCUCCUCGAUAUCGACGACCAGAAUACACCUGGUGAGAGCAAGAACGAGAGCAAGGCCGACUCGUUUGCCGAGCAUGCCGGCGUGCCAAACAAGUACCAGAUCUUCAUGAAAGGUCUAUGGUACAUGGACUCCCAGGACUUCGAAAGGGCCCUGGAAUAUAUGUGCCACCCCUCGUUAAUCCCCGAGUUCGCCGACGACAUUAUCACCGUCUUGGUCCGCCAUGCCACCGACGACCACGACUUCACCCUCCCUCUCGCCUAUUACCACACCGUCCAGCCCGUCAUUCAGUCCUCCCCGGCGCUCCAUCUGCUGUUCGACUCCCUUGCGCGAUCCAACGUUACCGAGGCGUACGAGUUUUCCCGAUCGCAUGCCGACAUCAUGCGCCGCCAGCUCUUCCAGCGACUGGUUCUGUCCGUGCUCGAAUCUGCGCGCAAUGACGAGGGUGCCGAGAGGGCAUUCGAACUGACCAGCCUGCCGUUCGACGCCGACGAGGAGAAGUGGUUCAAGGAGUCUCUGGAGGGCAGCGAGGGCAAGAAACUGAAGUUCGCCAAGGACACCCUGCUCAUGCGGAGGAUUGCCACUGGGAAUGCUUCCCUCGGAGGUGAGAAGGGAACCUGGGCUGUGAUCUUGGAGGGUUUCAAGACUGGUAAUGGCGGCCGCGCACAGGGCUUGGUCUGA